AUUCCAGUUGAAUUCCCCUCAACUGAAGCGCCAAAUUGUAACCAGCGGGAAAUAGAACAAGCUGCCCAGCAGCACAUAAAGAAACUAUUUUUAACCGUUUAGAAGAGCAAAAAUUCCCCAAGAGUGCGGACAAAGAAAAAUUGUGCAGUCAAUUUAAAUUAAAAUAAAGUAGAAAUUAAGUGAACCUUCCUUAAUUUUCAAUCGCUGUCCCCUCUUGGAAGUGCUUCUCCAAAGUGCACCACAUCCGGACCCAUUUGUUCCCAAACAAAUUGGCGCCAAAUCCGGAGAUCUCAUCAUCCUCCCGGGCUUUCAUCGAACCGGAGGAUUUACUAAUUAUUCCAUUUCUACAAUUUAAGGUAACAUCCCAACAAUUGGUCCUUCGACAGUGUUCACCAGCGGCGGUACAGUUACCAUUUAAUCCUCUGCCGCCGGGCUUCCAAUGACUGUCGCGGAGAAGCGAAAUCACCAGCCAAUCUCAAUGCUCAAGGAUGAGACGGUCUGUCGUCUUGAGGAAUUCCGGAUAUUCUCAUCAUCGCGGACCCAAGACACAGUGUUCUUCAGCCUCAAGAGUGUCACAGAGAAACGGCCAAGGAAUUACUUCGUCCAGACAGAAAAGGCAGAGUCCCACAUUGCAACACUCCCUGAGACACUAUCUUCAUCACUUCAGCCACAAGACGCGAUUCAAUAUGCCCUCUGGAACUGGCCAUUUCUUCACGGUGUUCUACUUGGGAUGAGAUAUCACGGCGGGUCGGUAUUGGAUGAAUUUGUGCUCUCACACAAGCAAAUUCAAAUACUUAACCUCACUUUGGGCAUGUCCGGAAAGUCAGUGAUGGGGCGUUUGGCAAUCAUCCCCCACAGUCUGCUGAGCCUGCGGGAACUCAUCACAUUCGCAUUGGAUUCCCCCCGCAGCCCUCUUCCAUGCUCAUUGGACAUUGAGGAAGCUGAUCCCGCUCAGCACCAAACCAUUAAAUCAAACUACAGAGUUUAUGACUCAAUCAAUCAUGUUUCUCGGAGAUUUAUUCAAUUCCGGAUGCUCACAAUGGACAAUAGAGGAAAGCCUUUGGUGACGUUUGGAGCUCCUCAGAAUGAUGAGAACUUGUUGACACCCCCGUGCAUGUCGGCCAAUCCCUCCAGCGGUUUAUGCGGCGACACAAAUGCGUCAGAUGGCCAACAUGGAAAUCUCAACUUUUAUGGGCUCUUGGACACACCUGGAAACUGCCUCAACCUCGUACACCAAUCCGUGCGGAUUCCUGUGCUGCAGGAACAGCAGGAUGCCCACAGAGAAUACAUCGGGAUUAAUCUCGGGAACAAUCAGAAGUCGCCCAGCAAAACAUUGCGCAGUUCGUGUGUUUCUGUGGAUGACAAAGGAAUUAUGCAAUUAGAUGUACUACCCAUCAACGCGCAAUUUCACCCAGGUGAGAAUUAUCCAAUGAUCUUACCUGGUGGAUCAUUUCCAAGGUGGAUUUUGCACAAUUUACACCUAUUCCGGAGGCACACAACAUUCAUUUUCACGCCCAUCAAUUCACGUCACAAAUCGAAUCCCAGUUUCGAAUGGCGUCGGAUAAUUCUGGACAAUUUCCGAGGAGAUGUCGUGCGUUUCCACCGAAACCCACAAUUCCGUGAACAAGUUAUGAAAUUACUUCCGCUGCCUGAAUUCAAUCAUCCCAAGGUACUCGCAUCCCCUGGCAUUGAUUUGGUGGAUCUCACUCCAUUCAAAGCAAAUGAACUUCGCUGUGUGCCUGUCAUUAAACUGUUGGUGGCUGCGGAUAUUUGCCCAAAAUUGAAGUCAAUGCAAUCAACAUUGUGGGAGAUCGCGGAAACCCUUUGGGCAAGUCUACAAGAAUUGGCAACACAAGGAAGAAACCUCAUGAAAGUCCACCCGGACACAGCACCAACGUUCUCAGUACAACCAACCAGCUCAAGAAAUCGGCCAACUUUCAACGACAAUGGAGUUUCGGUGAUUUCACAGGGUUGCUGGGAUUUCCCCCCGCAGUAUGUUGGCGCGAAUUCCAGUUGAAUUCCCCUCAACUGAAGCGCCAAAUUGUAACCAGCGGGAAAUAGAACAAGCUGCCCAGCAGCACAUAAAGAAACUAUUUUUAACCGUUUAGAAGAGCAAAAAUUCCCCAAGAGUGCGGACAAAGAAAAAUUGUGCAGUCAAUUUAAAUUAAAAUAAAGUAGAAAUUAAGUGAACCUUCCUUAAUUUUCAAUCGCUGUCCCCUCUUGGAAGUGCUUCUCCAAAGUGCACCACAUCCGGACCCAUUUGUUCCCAAACAAAUUGGCGCCAAAUCCGGAGAUCUCAUCAUCCUCCCGGGCUUUCAUCGAACCGGAGGAUUUACUAAUUAUUCCAU